AUGAAAAGACUACAAACUAAAGAAGGAAUCUUCCAGUAUGCUACACAGGGCUUGGUCAUCAAGCUGGUCUUUCUGCUUAUGAGAAUGGCAGAGCAUUCAACCCCAGCCAAGGUGGUGAAAGCGGCGAAUCCAAGACAGCGGAAAGGAAGCAAAGUUGGUGACUUUGGGGAUGCCACGAACUGGCCAACACCAGGAGAAAUAGCUCACAAGAGCGUCCAGCAAUUGGCACAUAAACCCCAAGCCAUCCGGAAGCUGCCUAUUAAAAAGAACAUGAAGGAACAGGAGAAAGGGGAAGGAAGUGAUGGCAAAGAGAACAUGAAAACCAGGUCAGAUGAAUCUGGAGAAGAGAAGAAUGGAGAUGAUGACAACCAGAAAUCAGCUCAGAAGAAGAAGGGCAACAGGCAUAAGUGGGUUCCCUUGCAAAUAGACAUGAAGUCUGAGGUGCCAAGGGACAAUACCGCUUCUCGCAACAACAGACAGAAUGAGCAGCACCGGCAGCCUUCUAACAACCGUAAUGAAUCAAAAGGUUGGCAUCUGGAUAACAAGCAUGAACGGAAUUGGCCUGAUCAUGAUGAAACUUCCAGUGUCAAAAGUGAGGGGGCAGCUGUGCGUGGUGCCUUCAGGGGUAGAGGCCGUGGUCGGGGACGGGGGAGAGGAAGAGGAAGAGGAGGUACUCGCUCUCACUUUGAUUAUCAGUACGGUUACCGGAAAUUUGAUGGCUCCGACGGCUCACGUGCUCAAAAAUACACUAGUAACAUCACCUAUUACUUUGACAACAUCAGCAGCACUGAGCUCUACAGUGUUGAUCAAGAGUUGCUCAAGGACUAUAUCAAGCGGCAAAUAGAGUACUACUUCAGUGUGGACAACUUGGAACGAGACUUUUUCCUGAGGCGGAAGAUGGACACAGAAGGUUUCCUUCCUAUCACCCUCAUUGCCAGUUUCCAUCGAGUACAGGCCUUGACUACAGAUGUUGGCCUUAUCAUUAAGGCACUGAAAGACAGCAAAGUGGUAGAGAUUGUGGAUCAGAAGAUCAGAAGAAAGGAAGAACCAGAGAAAUGGCCUUUACCUGGACCUCCCAUGACAGACUAUGCACAAACUGACUUUUCUCAACUCAUCAAUUGCCCAGAGUUUGUGCCCAGACAGAGCUUCCAAAAGGAGACAGAAUCUGCACCUGGGUCUCCCCGUUCUGCCAGCCCUGUGCCAACCAAAACAGAAGAAGUUAGUAAUCUGAAGACAAUGCCCAAAGGCCUUUCUGCCAGCCUGCCAGACUUGGACUCAGAGACAUGGAUUGAAGUGAAGAAGAGGCCUAGGCCUUCCCCAGCUAGACCCAAGAAACCAGAAGAAUCCAAGAUGCCUCAGAAACAAAAGGACCAGGAUGAACCGGAAGAACUGGACUUCCUGUUUGAUGAGGAAAUGGAACAGAUGGAUGGCCGUAAAAACACUUUCACUGAUUGGUCAGAUGAGGAUUCAGACUAUGAGAUUGAUGACAGGGAUGUGAAUAAGAUUUUGAUUGUGACACAGACACCACCUUAUCUCCGCCGGCACCCAGGGGGAGAUAGAACAGGCAACCACACAUCCAGGGCCAAGAUGAGCUCAGAGUUGGCCAAGGUGAUCAAUGAUGGACUUUAUUACUACGAACAGGACCUGUGGACAGAGCAGUUUGAGCCAGAGUACUCUCAGAUAAAGCAAGAAGUUGAGAACUUCAAGAAGGUGAAUAUGAUAAGCCGAGAGCAGUUUAACACUCUGACUCCAGAGCCUCCUGUGGAUCCAAAUCAGGAAGUCCCACCUGGGCCACCCAGAUUCCAGCUAGUUCCUACAGAUGCUCUGGCCAAUAAACUCUUUGGUGUGCCAGAGCCUUCAACCAUUGCCCGAUCUUUGCCAACAACUGUGCCAGAAUCCCCAAACUACCGCAAUGCCAGGACUCCACGGACCCCUCGCACACCUCAGCUGAAAGACCCAACUCAGACACCUCGGUUUUACCCAGUGGUUAAAGAAGGCAGGUUGAUAGAUGCCAAGACACCCCGGAAGAGGAAGACGCGGCAUAGUUCUAAUCCUCCAAUGGAAUGCCACGUUGGGUGGGUGAUGGAUUCCCGAGAACAUAGGCCUCGAACUGCAUCCAUCAGUUCCAGCCCUUCAGAAGGCACCCCAGCCAUCGGCAGCUAUGGGUGCACUCCACAGUCAUUGCCCAAGUUCCAGCACCCCUCCCAUGAACUCCUUAAGGAAAAUGGUUUCACGCAACAUGUCUACCACAAAUAUCGCCGGCGCUGCCUUAAUGAACGUAAGCGACUAGGCAUUGGUCAGUCCCAGGAAAUGAACACACUAUUCAGAUUCUGGUCAUUCUUUCUUCGUGAUCACUUUAACAAAAAAAUGUAUGAGGAGUUCAAGCAGCUGGCCUUGGAAGAUGCAAAAGAAGGGUACAGGUAUGGACUGGAGUGCCUUUUUAGAUACUACAGCUAUGGGCUGGAGAAAAAAUUCCGGCCUGACAUAUUUAAGGAUUUUCAAGAAGAAACUAUAAAAGAUUAUGAAGCUGACGCUUCCUCCCAAUCAGGGGAUGAAAACCCCGAUCCUCCGGUGGAACCCUCGCCACCUCAACAAGUGGGCGAUGAUCUUCCAAUCUCCCCUUCGGAAGACUUAAAACCCUAUGGGGAUUUCAUCAAGCGGAUGGCUAACAUGCUCACACUGUCUACGGUACAACCCCUGCCUACUGUGACAGAUUCCAUGUUCGAUAUCGUCCAGAUGGACACCUCUACCCUGAUUGCCUUACUGAUUACUUCAGUCCUCCUUCAAGCAGCUAAAGUCUCAUGGUCUCACCCGGCAUCUACCCCCGUCUCAAGCCGGAGGCCCCCUAUAGGAGAAGAAGGUGGUCACAAGAGAUAUCCAUCAGCAUUGGGAGUAGAUGGAAGGAAGCGAUAUCCAUCCCAGUCUUCCAACAAAUCAGUCAGCCAGAUCCCCUCCAAUCAAACCCCCGCCUCAUCUAGCCAAGCCCCCGCCUCAUCUAGCCAGCCUGUGCAGGAGGAUGCCAAAAACCUGAGCCAGCCACAUGCCGUUUCCACAGCAACUGUGGAAACUCAAACGAUGGGGAAAUAGACACACCAGAACUUCUGAUGGAAAGGGGGGCAGGGACAGAAAAGGAGUUGGAAUGUGGGUGUUCAAGACUAGGCUGCUUGCGGGAUGUGGGAACUACAAUGCACAUGAUUUCUCUUGUUGGCUGGAGAAACAAGAUGAUCCAAGUUGAAAAACAUCCUUUUUCCUCGCUGUGAUUAAGUCAUUGGUAGGAGCCAGAGCCCCACAUUUUCAUGUCUUAUCGCCUUUCAGGGGUAGGGUUGGGAAGUGGGAGAUUUUUUUUAUAAAUAUAUAUAUUAUAUAUAUACAUAUAUAUAUAUAUAUAUCAAGUUUUAAAUUAUUGAUAGAAGAAGUUUGUUGGGAUUAACCAAAACAAUUCUGCAUCGCGCAGCCACGUGAUCCAGCUCCUCCUCAUCCCAUUCAACACUGAUCAACUAUGCAGCCCACUUGGAAAGUGGGAGGGGCAGGCAGAACAAUGACGUUCGAUUUGGAAACAAGCCUCUCUUUUUUUUGGCUUUCCAAGUCCAGCAGGCACGACAAUGCACAAGGAGAGUCCCUUUGCCACUGUCACCACCAGUGUCACUUCUGUUAUGGCUCCCUUCCAUGCUGCUCUCCCUUUCCAUCAUAGACUAGCUACUGGAAGUCAACCAAAGGACCUUGGCUGAAUGCAGGCCCACCUCACCUUGGGCUUGCUCCGUUCCUUUCGUGUGAUGGGUAGAACAUAAACUCGCACAUUGUCUCCCUUCACAUAGGAAUUCUUAUCUCAUUAUGAGACUUUGCUGAAAGAGCUUUCUCUUUAAAACAUAAAACAAAACAAAAAAAACCUAAAAACAAAAAAAACUCACAGACUUGUUUAAAAAAAAAAUCUGUUUCUUUGCUUCCUUCCUUGAAAAUAAGUUGCCUUAUUGUGGAGUUGGGAACUUGGAGGCCUCCCUGACUUCUCUGAGCAAGUUUGGAGCACGGUAUCUGUUUGGAUUCAGCCAGGCGGUGAUGGCCUCUGCUGUUUCCCGGUCCAGUGACUCGUGCCUGGAAUAGCUGGAGAUUUCCCCUCUGACCUGGCUGUGCUUGGCAUUGACUGUGGAACAGAACUCUUGACCUCUGGAUGAAUGUUGGUUCAAACCACAUGGACAGUUAACCUCUGGAGCAGGGGGAUACGAGGGCACUUCAUUCUGAGACUUUGCUGUUGUUGUAGUUGAUGCCGAUGUCAAUGUGUCAACUGUUAUGGUGCCCUUCCUGGUACAGCAACUCUAUGUGCUUGUUGCCUCACUCAGACCUCCAGGUGCACUGCCAUUUUCCUCCUUUCCCCACCAGGAGAGGCCAGGAACUAGCCUGUUCAUCUCAUGAAUUCUUCCUAUCCCAGGGCAGGCAGGCAGAUGUGCCAGGAAUGGGUACUUCUCACAAAGAGGAUCUACAGGGGCAUUUUAUGGCCCUUCACAUAUGUGGUUGAAGAAGAAUGUGUACACAGAGAAAUCAGCUUUAACACAAACAAGGUGGAUUUUUGUGUGUGUGUGUGUGUGUGGUGGUGGUGGUGGCUUCCAAAUCAGAGGCAGCUUGCUAAGUGUUAACUUCCCUGUGCAGGCUUCCUUCUCUGUAGUUGCUUUUUACCAGUGGCAUGCUAGCCUGCCUUCCUUCCCUGGGUUGACCAUGUAGCCAAGGAAGGCUCAGCCGCUUAGACUCUUCCCUAGCUACAGAAACCUUGACUGUCUUGCAUCAUGAGAUGAUCACUUCGUGUAUUGGAACUAUGUCCCUCCACUCAGUGUAACAGGACUGGAUAGAAAACACCUUGCUUGUUUUUCACUUUGGAUAACAUUUGGAAUGAAGUCUGAAACUAUUCACAGUGUGCACGUGUAGCUCUUAACAAGCAGCUGGUAUUGGAGCCAUAGGAGUGAACAUCUGAGAAGAUGGAAGCAUCUGCAUAGAGGCAACUGGUUUCUAACAACCUACUUUGUUCCCCCACCCCCUUGCAUUUUGUACGUUCCUUUGUGUACUGUUCCUGUUCUGUUAGCCAGAGAAUUCAGUGGAAGGGAGAAGAUCUGAGGUUAUUUGGUCAUUGUGCCACUCCAGCUGGUCACGUGACUCUUAAAAGGGAUACAACAGUGGAUGCAAAAAGGAGUACAAUAUCAUUUACAUGGAUCUACACACCGUGGCUUGGAUCCAGCCCCUCCCCUGGAUUUUGAGUAGCAGGCACUUCCAGGUGCACAUAGGUAGUAUGUUGCCAAUUUCAAGUAGCUGCAGCCUUUGCACUCCCAAAAAAAUCACUUUGGGAGGUCUCGCAGUGUUUGGGGAGGUAUGUUGAAGCUGUUGCUAAAUGGGCAGGGGGAGGACAGAGAACGUUUGGAUGAGCAGAAGCAGUCCCGAUGUUUUAUUGGAUCCAGGUCCAGUGGGUGAGAUGAGGUGGGGUGGGAAGAGAAGUCUUCAGGAUGCUGUGUUUUUAGCGUUUACGUUUCAGGUGUGUUUGCAGUAUAUCAAAAACCUGCCGAGAGUGUGGCCCUGAGGCCCAUGUCAGUAAAGAGUACUGAUAUGCCUUGCAGUUAGCCGUUUGGAGCAUAUAUUUGUGAAUUAAGGGUUGGGAGGAAAUGGUUGAUGCAUCACUCUCCCUGUGUGUGGGUGCCACAGAUGUAAGUAAUGGAGAAGGCAGGGCUUACUGGUAAGGGUCUGUUUUGUCAAGCAAAUGUUCCAGCUGUGUCAGAGCAUGCUGUUAGUGGGGGUUUAUGGAGCAGACUUGGUUGACUACACAAUGCAUGGCGUGGCCAAGUAGCAGCACACUUUUAUUUGCUGCUUCAGUUGUGAUCCUAUCCUAUUCUGCAUCAGAUCCCUAGCCUGCCAUAUGCAUAGCAUUUAAAAGACAUGGGUAAUAAAAGAAAGCAUUCCACACUUCCACCAAGUGUCACAGAGUACCUAUCCUGAGCUUGCACUGCAGCAGUAGAAUCAGCAGUCCAGACUUCUGUUGCUUGUUUUUCAUUUCUCUGGCUCUGUGCGCCGAAGUCACUCAAGCUGUUCAUUGAACCUGGACAGGGGUUUUAGCUUGUAGUGACAGGGAAAUGGGCUAGGAUGGCAAUCUUGUAUUCUUACCUUAUCCAAAUAGGGGGAAACAUAUUUGUUGAGGUAACAAGGUGCCAAGCAUUUGGGCUAGACACAGUUGUGAGAUAACCAAUACUUUUUGCCAGCCCUUUUAAUGAAAUGGUUUUGAUCUUCCUCCCAGUGAUCGUUCGCCAUUAAGUGUUGCACUUGCAGUGGCUUGCCUCUUUCACCUAAGGGCGCUGGAUGAUAAGUGUUUGUCUUUGAUGAGGAAUCAAAGGCAAAGAAAAGAACUGGCGGUGCAGAAGAGCAUACUUGCAGCGUAUAACUUUUCUCUUUAAAGCAAAGCAGGUGGGAAGGGAGAAGGUAAUUGAUCCCUACUCCCUAUAAGAAUGGCACAUUGGCUCCUAUCUGGUUAUCACUGGGUAUACAGUGAAGUCAGACCACAAAUUCUCUUACCCAUGGUUGAAGAGAAAAACUGAAGACGGGUCACCACUGAGGAAGCCUAGGCUUUUUCUGCUAUGAGGGAGUAUGAACUUUCUUGCACUUAAGACAGUGGUACCAGUGUGUGGAUGUAGGCAAGUAGCUCUAGCAUGCUGUGCAUUGCUGUUGUUGCCAUCAGUCUCAUCCUCUCCAUGCCCAGCAGAAACAGUGGAUCUUGUCAUGAUCAGUUUGGGAAGAGACCAAAUAUUAAAGGAAUCCCUGUGUUGUAAUUACUUGUUUCUGUUUAUGUUUUAAUUCACAGUAUGGAACAAGUUCAACAGACAUUGGUCUCCAAUGCGCAGAUCCCUGUAGUGGUUGUACCUUCUCAGAAGAGAGCUCCUCAGUUGUUACAUAGGAAGCCACCUGCAACUGCCCUGUAUCUGAUACUGCUAUUGAUAUUUCCUAGUAGGAAAUCAGUCGGUUUUCCUGUUGUGCAAAAAAAAAAAAAAAAGUGUCUAAAAAGUCUGACUCAUGCUGGAUAACUGGUGCCCUUAACUCUUACAGAUAGGUCUAGGUGAGGAGUCUGAAAUCUGGUUUAAGAUAGAUAGUGAAAGUAAGUGACCUUUAUUACUACUAAGUGUUGGUGCUCUGUCUAUCCUUAUCCCCCUUACCCUUCCUCCUCCUCUCCCUACAUUUGCUUUAUCUGCAGUUGUGUUCUUCCAAGGUUCUGUAAUUUCUCAUCUUGCUACUGAUUAGUUGACCGUACUGUUAAAACAUGACACAGUAACCUCAAUACUCUGCUAGAUAUCAGUUUUUAUAAAGUAAUGGGAUGGGAGCCAUUGUUCAUGCUUUUUUCGGUUUUCUUUUGGUUAAACAGAAAUAAUCACACAAUGCAACAAACUCUGCAGCGCUCUGUUAUCUCUCCACCUGGAUUCUCCUCCUAAAACUCAGAUUUGUCAAUAACUUUUAAAAAAUCAGCUAGGUCUUUAGAAGGGAGGGGUUAGGAAAAAUGUUUCAAUUUUUAGAAAAAUUUUAAUUGAGGGUUUCUUGGGGGGGUGGCAUGGAAGUUCAUCUCAGCAACAUGGGUUUAGAUUAAGUGUGGUUUUUUAAAAAUAAAUUCUAAAGGUAACAUUUCUGUUAGUUUACAUUUUCACUUUCUGAAGACACUUGAACAUAGGACCGACGUAUCUGUGAUGAGGAUGCCCUAUGGUUGGAAGCAUGGAAAGGGCAUGGGCUUCAAGCCAUUCCCGUGUGGUUUUACAGACUUCAUUCUUCCAAGUCUGAUAGCCAUCUGUUGCCCUCCUUUGUUUUAUUUCCUCAGCUGAUAUUGUUCCCGCAUCUAUUCAUCCUCCCUCCCAGAAUAUAAAUUUUGGUACAACAGGGUGGCCUGGGCCACUCACAUCCCUCGGGGGGUGGGUGGGAUGUCACUGCUCUUGGCAUAUGCUUUUGUCCACAAAAACCUUCCUGCUGUAUAGUAGCAUUUGUGUGGCUGUGGAUCAGGAAUGGCUGAAUCUUCCUCCUCCUCUUCCUCCUCUUGUUAUUGGCUUUGUCUCUGAAGUAGUGCACUACCAUGAUGGUUGGGAUCUCCAGCCUAUGAAACUGUGACUUGGAAGUCAGUGCUGAGCUUUAAAUGGUGAGGGUUGGGAUUUCGUUAGGGUGAAGUCUGUAUUAAGCUGCUAAAAACAAUGGAUAAGCAACCUGCAAAUGAUGCGAUGAU